AUGGAUGAAAAGGCCCAACUUCCGCCUUACAGCUCCGUUUCGCUUCCAGCGCCGGUUGGCCUUCAUCCUGGUCAACAGCGGAACAGACGGUUGUUGCGUCGCUCACGCGGUAUCAGACUCUUUGCUCUAGCCUGUUUGACCUUCAUUGUCUUUGCUCAAUGGCGACAACUCGCGCCGCUCAACAAGACAACUUUGUCUAUCCAGAAACUCAAUGAGGACCUCGAGACGUGUAAGAAGUUCCGUGUCAAGCCGCAAGACCCGCCUGGUCUCGGCCGAGAUAAGAAUGCUCGUUAUAUCGACGGCGGCAAGCCCACUUUGAUCAAGAACGCUACUAUCUGGACUGGAGAGCCCACCGAGGGAACCAGCCAAGAGGAUGCGUAUGCUGGCAAGGGCUGGGAGUGGGUGCAGGGCGAUGUCUUUCUCGAAAAGGGUCUCAUUCAACGCGUUGAGAAGGACAUCAAGACUGCUUCGCUACCCGAUGACACAAUUAUAUACGAGGCUCAUGGCCGCCGCCUGACCAGCGGUAUUGUUGACACUCACAGCCACGCUGGCGUCUAUCCAUUGCCCUCUCUGGAGGGAAACUCGGAUGGCAAUGAGAUGUCGGAUAACAUCACACCUUGGGCUCGAGCCAUCGACUCAUUGCUCCCGCUUGAUCCUCAAAUCGAGGUCAUCAAGUCAGGCGGUGUUACAACUUCACUGAUCCUUCCUGGUUCCGGCAACAAUAUUGGCGGAGAGGCCUAUGUCAUCAAGCACGCAGUUGGCAAACCUGACGGCCGCAGGGAAAUCAGUGCCGUGGACUUGCUUGCCGACCCAGACCGUAACUGGCGGUACAUGAAGAUGGCAUGCGGUGAAAACGCGAAGCGUGUCCAUGGCCGGGUUGGAAAUAGGCCAUUCAGCCGUAUGGGUGAAAGCUACGAGUUCCGCCACGCCUUUGAGCAAGCAAGAGAUUUGAUCCAGAAGCAGGAUGACUGGUGCGCCAAGGCUGAGUCCCAAGGUGUUGAGUCUUUGGAUGAGUACCUUCCUGGCGAGAUUGCUUGGGAGGCUCUCACUGCUGCGCUUCGUGGCCAGGUCCAUAUCAACACACAUUGUUACACGAUCCCCGACUUGGAGGCCAUGGUGGAUCACACCAACGAGUUCAAGUUCCCUGUCCGAGCCUUCCAUCAUGCUCACCAGACAUAUCUGGUUCCAGAGAUCCUCAAGCGAACUUGGGGCGGACGUCCUCCUGCAUCUGCUCUUUUCGCCGAUAACAUGUUUUACAAGACCGAAGCAUACAUUGGCUCAGAGUAUGCUGGAAAGAUCCUUCAUGAGAAUAACCUCACGGUAGUGUAUGUUAGCGACAACCCUGUGAUCAACGCCCAGCAUGUCCUUUUUGAAGCAGCCAAGGCUUAUCACUACGGGCUUCCUUACCACGUCGCACUGGCCAGUGUGACAUCUGCUCCCGCUGAACUGCUCGGUUUGGGCAAGCGUCUAGGAAAAGUCAAGCCUGGUUUUGAUGCCGACGUUGCUGUCUGGGAUAGUGACCCUCUUAGCGUUGGCGCAACUCCUGUGCAAGUCUGGAUUGACGGCACAGCUCAGUUCGAGGACCCUAUUGAGCUGAUGAAAUCACAAGAAGCAGCUGCAUUCGUGGAGAAGCCUGCCGAGAUUGUUGAGGAGCCAAGCAGGCUCGAUACUCUACUCUUCACUGGCGUCAAGAAGGUGUUCCUUGAAGAUGAGAAGACUUACGAAUCUCAAGACAAGCCGGUCAAUGUGGUUGUUCGCAACGGCAAGAUUUCUUGCAUUGGCACUUGCGACCAGGAGUUCCAAGCUGUGGCUGCAACUGGCGCAAAGACCAUUGCACUCAAGAAUGGUUAUUUGACCCGAUCUUUCACAGCUGUGGGUGGUACUCUGGGUCUUAGCGAGAUUGAUGCUGAGGACGCAACUAACAACGGACCCAACCCAUUGAUCUUCUCUCGGGCUAUCGAUGGCCUUGCUCUUGACUCCAAGAAGUUGCAUGUUGCCUCUCGAUAUGGAGUUACCAGAGCCGUCUCAGCUCCUGUUUUUGUAGGUGGCGCAACCCAUUUCGGUACCAGUGUCGGAUUCUUGACUUCGGCAUUGACGACCCUCGAAGAAGGUGCAAUUUUUGCUCCCGACCUGGCAGUUCACUACACUCUGGACCUGAAUGUCAGAGGUUCAACCAGCUACUCAGCCGCUUUUGGUGGAUUGAGGAACAAGUUACUCACUGCUGCUACAACACCGGAACCCGCGAGCAAUCCGUUCUCAGAAGCGGCCUACCUAAAGAAGGUGAUCAGUGGCGAGCAAGUUCUUGCCCUCACCAUCAACAGUGCAGAUGGCAUUGCAACAGCUCUUCGAAUCAAGUCUGAGAUCGAGGGUGUCCUCACAGCAGCAGACUCAAGCAAGAGAGUCGCGGGUCUCAAACUGGCCAUUAUUGGUGGUGCUGAGGCUCACCUGGUGGCCAAGGAGCUUGGAGAGGCUGGCGUUGGAGUCAUCCUGUCUCCACUGCAGGCAAAGGGCGAAAGCUGGGACUCGCGUCGCGCCUUGACCGGUGCACCACUCACAAAUGGCACAACCAUUGAUGCCUUGGUUGACGCAGGGGUGAUUGCUGCGAUUGGACUGCAAGAAGACUGGGAGCUUCGUGACUUAGGAUUUGCAGCUGGCACUGCAUUCAAGAAUGGAGGUGGACGAUUGAAUGAGAAGGAGGCUAUUGAUCUUGUGAGUAGCAACAUUUACAAGAUUCUUGGGGCAGAUGAAGAGUCAGCCAAGGACUCUGGUCACUUUAUGGUGACAGAGGGUAGCCCUCUUGAGAUUGGAUCGAGAAUCAAGGCUGUUGGACAUGGCAGGGGUGAUGUAUCUGUGUUUGUUUAG